AACUAUCGAUUACUUUCCCGCCGAUGGCCGAUGGUCCACCACUAGAGUGUGUGUGUGGAAUGUGUUCGUGGGUGUUUUUUAUUUUUCUUUUGGGUGCCUCUCACGGAAUACAAUUGUCUAAUAAACACGCCAACUAGUAUUCAUAAACCCUCCGAGGACCUGGCCAAGCACCUGGCCCGUGCAUACGCCCGUGAAGUGCAUCAUGUCUGGACGGGAGAGCGGGAAAGCCACCGAUACAAGGGAAAACCAUAACACCAGCAGCAGCAACAACAACAUGGCGCACCUGCAGCAGCAGAAGAAGAAGCAGCAGCAGAGGUCUUGAUGUUGACGUCAACAAAGUGAAAUCCGAGCAGAGAGCCACAAUAAACAAUAAGAAGAAUCGAGCGGGAAGAGCGCAAAGAGCGGGAAGGCUAGCCAGAGAAUCCCACUGCCCGGACUCGAUAACCCCCAUCCUUAAUCCCGGGCACCCCGACCCCCCUCGCUAUGUACUCGGAGUGGGCCUCCUUGUCGGCCCAAAUCACGGCCAAUAGCUGUGGGGCCCAGUGCUUCAGUGUCCUGAACAAGUUCCCGGCCUCCGCGGGACGCGAAGUGGUCGUUUCCGUGGUGAAGCAGCUCGGGACCAACCUAGGCAUCACCCAGAACGCCGAGCCCAGCCACCUGGUGAAAGAUGAAGAAGUCAAGUGGUGCAUGGAUGUGAUAUGCUUCGGCCUGUCCCUGCCCCUGCAGGAGCACGAGACCAUCAAGGACUGCGUGAACGUCUACUGCGAGUGGCUGACUGCCCUGCACCCGCAGCCCAGGAUCAGUGUCCCGAAGCCCAUUUGUGAAGACGCCAAUCUGUACGCUCGGCAGAUCAUCAAUCAUUUCCACAACCUCUUCGUGCCCCGCCAGGGCGAGAUCUUGCCAUUUCUUUACCAAACCACGCUUGGUGCCGACACUAUCAAACGCCAGGCAGUGCUAUGCCAUCGGGUGCUUAGAACGCUCCAGCAGACGGCCCAAAUAUCGCUGGUGAUGGAUCGCCAGACGUGGGACACACUACUCCUCUUCCUGCUAGCCAUCAACGAGAUAUUGCUGGCCCCGCCCACCGUCAAGGACGACGUGGGCGACCAGCUGUGCGAGCGGGUGCUGUCCGUUCUGUUCGAGGUGUGGCUGCUGGCCUGCGUGCGCAGUUUUCCCUCGCCCUCGAUGUGGAAGACCCUGCAGGAGUCGUGCGCCAUGUGGCGGCAUCGAGUGGCCCUGGUGGACCAGUGGAACCGCGUGAAUCUCGCCCUCACGGCCCGCCUGCUGGAGUUCUGCUACGGCCCAGCCUUUCCACAACUCAAAAACGCUGACGAAGACGGCCAGCUCAUCCCGGCGGGCAUGUCCAAUGACUGUGUGGCCCAGACCUGGUACCGCUUCCUGCGCAUGAUCGGCAAUCCCACGGCGCUCUGUUCGCCGCACAUCAUCAGCAAGUCCUCACACUUUGUCCAGUGGGCUCUGACACACGAGAAGGGCGCCGAGACGCAUCAGCAUCCCUGCCUGCAGCAGCUGCCCCAGAUCUUUCUCAACGCCAUGAAGGGGAUCUCCAGCCAAGUGGACGCAUUUCUGGGCAUCUAUCAGCCGCCGCCGCAGCAGCACGAGGGUGUAGUGACCAACCUACUGGAGAUCCGGCACUCGCUGAACGAGGCCACCUCCUCCACCCUGCAGCAGUUCAUCCACUCCAGCAGCGCCACGAACAUCGCGAACCCGCCGACGCAGCAUCACCAUCAUCACCUUCACUAUCCGCACUUGCAUUUGCACGGCGCCGGCAGCUUUCUGCGCGACAACUUUAUGAGCAGCUCGGCCAGCUCCGCCCUGAACGCGAUCAUGGGCCACCACGGCCACGGGCAUGCCCACGGCCACCACGGACACGGCCAACACCAGAAUCUCCAGAUCAGUGCCUCGCCCACCGGCAGCCUAGCCACGACUGCCUCCGCCGUGGGCAGCACCAGCGCCGGGGGCAGCCACUCCGCCGGCGUGGUGGGCAGCAUCUCGUUCGGCGCUCCGGACGGGGUGGGCCCUGCCUCCUCGGCCUCUGCCACGCCCACACCCCCCCUGCAGCGACGCCUGGCGAAGAGCUUCAGCGUGACUCCGACCAUUACACAGCAGAAGGGCUUGAGCAAGACCUCGCUUAUCGGCCUCACGGGCGGCGGUGCACGCAACGCGAUCAGCAGCAGCACCACCACCAUUGCCGCCUCCGGCUCCACCUCCGCCGCCGCCGUCCCUGCCUCAGCGGCCGCCGCCAGCUCCAUCGCUGCCGUCUCCAGCUCCGCCUCCGCCACCGCCGUCUCCGCUGCUGGUGGAGCCUCAGGCGUCGGAGCGGGAAUCCCUGUCGGCUCGGCCAGCGUUCCCGGCUCGGGCGGCGGGUCAGCUCCUGCUCCGGCGCCCACAACUCCCACGUCGACGUCGGGUCCGCCGUCGGCCAGCAGCAGCAUCAACUCGCUGCCGCUGACUUCAAUGGGAGCGGGCACCGAGCUCGCCGUGGCCAGGCCCAAGUGCAACAGCAUUCUCCACGUAUUCCACGAGUGGCUCUUCGAGGCGGCGCACAUUGGCGGCGACACUUGGCGCCAGAACCGGAAGAAACAGGCAUGCGAGGCCAGUAAGCGACCCUCGUCGAUGAUCAUGGAACACCGCAAGGGCUCCAUUUCGCUGUCGCAGCCCAACUCCCUCAACGACCCGCAGUCCCUGCCGCCCACCCUGACCAUCGACAAGUACGAGUCCGGGCGGGCCGAGGCCAUUGGGACGCUGUGCAAGAUCUUUUGCGCGAAGAAGACCGGCGAGGAGAUCCUGCCCGUGUACCUGGCCCGAUUCUACAUGGCCCUGCAGCAGUGCCUCAAGAUCACCGAGUCGCGGGAGUGCGACGAGACCUUGGCCAGCAUCCUGCUGCACUCCAGCGACCUCUUCCGACUGGACCUGGACGGCAUCAAUGUCCUGCUGCCCGGGUUCAUUGCCGCCCUCGAGAUCGUGCUGCCCGACAAGGACCUCAAGCUGAAGACCCAGUCGAUGGCCUUCAAUCGCACCGAGCUGCGGAGAUCCGCCAUCAACAUACUCCUCUCCAUCAUGGUCCUGCCGCUGCACUACCAGAGCCUGCCCAUCAGGGAUCUGACCAGCGAAACUAGCGAGAAGAUAUUCACGUUCAUCCAGCUGAAGUCGCGGCUCAUGAACAUCCUGAUGAAUGCCCUGCAAGUGGAAACGGAUGCCCAAAACACGCACAUGCUGUUGGGAGGCCUGCUGCUCUGCGUCCAGGACGCGGUUACCUUCGAGGAGACCGAGCUGGGCGGAGGAAACGCCUCCACGGCGCAUCUGUCGCACAAUUCCAGCGGGGGAGCCGUCCAGCACCACGAGGCCAACUUGCUGAGCUCAGCCUGCUCGGAGCGUUCCGCUUCGCUGGUCAGCGCCGGCACCGCCAGCUUGGGCGGCCAGACGACGGCCACCAUGGGGGCGGGAUCGGGCUCCAUACGGGACACCGCCUCCGGCCACGACUACCCCAGCCUGACCAUAUCCGAUGACAUGUCAUUCGAGUUCGGUCAGGAGCUGGAGGGAGUGCUUCCAUAUGACAACGCCCACGCCUUGUUUGUGCGGGCCACCUACUUGGUUUGCCACCGCCUGAUAUCCUCGUGGAAGACCGACCUGAACGUGUCCCUGGCGGCCUUGGAGCUGCUCUCCGGAUUGGCCAGACUGCACAUACGGGAGACAGCCCGGAAAUUUACAAAUGACACUUUAGUGAAAAUAUACGAAGCUAGUCAGAAUCUAACGAUAAUCUCCUCAGACGCUCUAGAGUGCAAGCGGGCCGUAAAGUGGAUCUGCGACUACAUCUGCUACCAGUGCUCCCGGCCCCCUCCGGCCCACAGCAAGGAUCUGCACAGCACCAUCGUGGCCGCGUUCCAGUGCACCGCCGCCUGGCUGAUGCAGCACCCCUACCUGCUCCAGGACAAGGACUGCCUGCAGACGGUCCUGGAGGUGGUGGAGCUGGGCAUCUCCGGCACCAAAAGCCAGACCAAGGGCGGCGACAUACCCAAGUUCAAGGACGAGAAGGAGCUGAAGCCGGCCUCAAUGCGGGUGAGAGACGCGGCGGAGAACCUGCUGACCAUCAUCCUUGAGCAGGUCGGCUACUUCCCCAGCGAGUGCGGCCCCGAAUCAAUAUCCUCACUCCUGGACGAGGUGGCCCUCAUGAAGCACUGCAACUCCAUGGCCCCGGCCACGUCGAGCAGCGAACAGGCCAUCGCCAAGUUCAAGUACUUUGUCACGGAGAACUCCACCAUCCUGGCUCUCCUGGAGGAGCCGCUCGGCAACGACCAGGACCCCCAGCCCACAGUGACCUUACUCAUUCGAGGCCCGUUCGGACGACAUGCCUGGACCAUGCAACUGCGACACCUGCCGCGCAGCAAGUCCGGCAUCAAGUACCACGCCAUCAACCCCGGCAGACCCAUUCCGAUGAAUGACAUCAGCCAGCGGCCGGAGUGCGAGCAGAAGAACUUUCCCGAGGGCGUUGACAAGGUGCAGCCCUGUGUGGCGGACUACUCCAUACCCACCAUUGAGCAGAUGCGCGAGCAGUACGGAGCGGGCGGGAUCCGGGACCUGGAGGCUAUGCUGGAGAAUCAGAGCAUCCACGAAAAGCUGGCCUGGGCGGAGGCGGACACGAGCGCCGACAGCCUGUCGCACGCUCAGGAGUGUGUGCCGCCGGCUGUGUGCCACGAGUUCCAUGCAGCGCGCCUCUUCCUCUCACACUUUGGCUUUCUUGGCUUCGAGAGCCGGAAUCCGCACAAUCCGGCCGAGUCACUGGGUACUCCGCCGCAGAGGCCGCUCAUCGUGCUGGACACCAAGUCAACGGCCUUCGCCGCAGACCUCGACAGGUUGGACAAGCUGAGCGCCAGGACCCACGACACUGUCUACGUGUUCUACGUAAAGUCGGGACAAACGAGUGCCCAGCAGAUCAUCGGAAAUCUCACCGAGGAGCAGCACUCUCUGAGCUUGGAUCCACACUUUGCCACCAUGCUGCAAACUUUGGGAUGGCCGGUUCAGGUAGCGGAACACUCGGGCUGGACGGGAUUCGCCCACAACUCUUGGUCUCUCAAGGGAACGCCGGAGGAGCAACUGCGAACGGGACCCGUCGCCAAUGAUUCCCUGAACUUUAAUGGAUCCCAAAAGGUGCUUUACUGGGCAGAUGUGUGUUCGGAAAUUGCUUUCGUAGUACCCACGGCGUGGAAUCUGCGUCACAACAGCGACUCCAGUGACGGGGGAAGCGUCUCCAGUGCCGAUCAAGUCAGCGGCUCUAGCAACGUGUGGGCCCGUGGCGACGGCGAUACCGGCUUGGCUAAGACCAAGUCUAGGAAUCUCAGCCUGGAGCUGAGCGCGGCCAAGGAACCAGUGCCGCCGACGCGACGGAAAGGCAACGUAACAAAGCCGACGCUGCUGGCUCAGGCCCCGGCCAAGAUCUUCCUGGUGUGGCUGGAGAGCUACGAGGACUACCUGAACUUCCCGCUGGAGGACCUGCUGGCUUAUACGCGCACCGGCGAAGAGCUGCACACGCUUCAACUGCCUCGGGCGGCUGACUGCCACGUGAUCUUCGUCCAUUCGCUGCUUUCGGGACUGCUCCGGGUGAAGCUGCAGGGUCCGGCGGGCAGGAUGAGCUUCGCCACGCCGCUGGUGGACGGCAUGGUGCUGAGCCGGCGGGUGGUGGGCAACCUUGUGCGACAGACGGCAUUGAACAUAUCUCGACGGCGGCGACUGGACAACGACAAUUACCAACCACCGCAUGUGCGACGGCGCCUCAAAGUCCAGGACAUCGUCCAGAAAUACAAAAUGGACCUCAGCGAGGCCGAGUUGCUGGCCCAUCUGUUCCAGCGUGCAAUCUAGCCAAUCUGCAAUUUGCAAUCCAUCUUACGGCAACCGACGAUCAUAUUAUAGUAUUAUUUAUCCAAUUCUAGGAUAAGCGCCAGAGAAAUGGUCCAAGUCCAUGUCUGUAUUAACGUCUGCUUAAAACUAAAUCCAAUACAACUGAUUCGUAAUCGGUGUCCACUGAGUGUUACCGGAAACAUUUAAUCUUAUGCUAAUUACUAUUGUUUCUUAAUAAAUCCAAUUAUACUUUGUAAAAGUAUUUGUAAUAUCGUAAA